AUGAGUGUCUCAUUAUUUACAAGUUUUCGUAGAAGCUUAAAUUACAGAUUAGGAAGGCUGUACAAUUCGUUUUAUUACGCACAGAGCAAUAACAAGUAUGUAAUGUUGUUCGCCUUCCCAGCCUUUAUUUGGUAUGUAAGAUAUAGAGCUGAUACUAAGCUUGGAUACAGACUCUAUAUAUCACCAACAGCUGGUGGACCAUUAGAUUAUCUUGAGCUUUCUGAUAUUCCAGCAGAUAAAAAAGAUGAUAAGAAAAAUGAAUCGUUUUUAACCUCAUCGUAUGAAUUUCUUCUUGACAAAUAUAACUGGUUUUCGAAAAAGGUUUUGAAAUCCGGUCCGCCCAUCAAACACUGGAAAAAUGGAAAUAAAAUAUAUCUUUCAGAUGAUCUGACUGUUAAGGAGUUAAAGAAACUUAUUUACGGAGACUCGGAUUCCUCUAAAGACGUAUUAGUUGGGUGUAAAGGUAGAGUAAUGAAGGACGAGGAUAACCUGGCUCUAGCAACAAGAGCUUUCUGCAAACGUGACCCAAGGCUAGUUUUAUGGAGGGAACCUCAACAACUUUAA